GAUCUGAAGUUGAUGGUGAGGUCUCUGCAGUAGGUAAAAUUUCUUGCACUUAUUUACAUUGACAAAAGUUCAUUUUCGUGUUGCAAUAUUUUGGUCAGUAAGUUGUUAUGUAAAUCGCUCCAUUGAGCCCUUAUUUAUAGACACGUGCCCUGAAGGUAGAUUUCUUUCCUUAUACAAAAAAAAACAUGGAUCAAUCGGCGUUGAAUAUGGCGCACCAACAACAGAGGAGGGCUGAAGCUCACCUGAGGCAUGCCAGAUUUAUGGAAGCUAUAGAAUGCCACCAGUUAGCUGCGAAUCAUCUCUUCGAUGCCCUCCAAUGCACGCAGAAUCCUCAAUCUGUAGAUUCGAUUAAUUUGCAGAGAGAUUACCACUUGCGUAGGAAGGAAAUCAUACUGGCAAAGAAGGAGCAGUUUGAGAAUUACAAGAAGGCUAUAGAGAACCAGAGGAACAGGAUAACGUUCUGCGGCAGCGAUUUUGAGGUGACCAACGAUAACCAGAGCACGUCGCUGCAGGUGGCUAUUUACAGGACAAUGGAGGAGGCUGAUUCUCUGCUGGGGCAGCUGUUCAAGAGGAGCAGCGGAGGUAAUAGCGACUGCGAGAGUUUGAGAAGCUUCUCAACCACUGACACAGAUGACAAGGUUCUGUCUAUAGAUACGUUAGACUCGUCGAAUCCAUCGUCGCAGCCUAUUUUAGGUAGCAAGCAUCCGAAACACGAGAACACCGUUAUCGAGGAACUGCGAACGCUCAACGAGCAGCUUCACUCUCUGGUUUACAAGUUGGUCACGCAGCUUGAUGCCAGCACCACCGAAGUGGACAUGCUGAAGGCAAAGAUACAGAAGUUGGAGGCCAAACAACAAACAGCUCAGACUAAAACCUCCGCAACUAACAGCCUUAAAGUUAUAACAGACUCAUCAGGCGGCACGUCGCCUUACGUCUUCUCUCCGUGCAGCGAGUUCAGUCCGGAUGUGAACGAUCAGAGAUCUUCCCUUCCUCCCUUGGCUCCCCUAGAAAUGCCCGCUUUCGACUUUAACUCCUUCGUUAAAAACAACACUUAUCCUCGUCACGAAUACCAAUAGCACUGAUCAUCUAAACAUUAAUAAAUAUACAUGCAUAAUCUCUUUCAAGCUUAAUCCCACACGAGCUGUAAAAAAUAAUCGAUGUAUAUACUUGUAUAAAGCUUAUUUUUUCUAUAUAUAUAUACAAUUAUUUGUACUUAAGUUGUCAUUCGAUAUUGUUUCGUCGUUAAAUUAAGUUAAUAAAGAAAGGGAAAUAUAAUUAAACUCGUAA